CAGCAUUCCUGACAGGUCAAUCUGGCACCGUCUCACACUAUCUUACACCAUCUUGAAUUCCGAUUUCCAACGAUCGCGCAUCGAGUAGUUUUGCUUGGCCAGGCUUUGCGGGGAAAGUUGUACAAUCUCCCGAUUUCUUGACAUUCCUGGCCUGACAUCGCGGACGGUGCACGAUCAAUCAUGUUGCUCUAGAUAAUUCCAACUCGUCUGGGCCAUAAUCCCCGGCCAUGGCCACUACUGACACCGGGGUUGACCGCAAAGGUAAACCCCCGAAGCGUUCGUCCAAUUCUUAUACGAGUGAGGAAUGGCGGAGGCAUCGUCCUUUGAUCACACAGUUGUAUUUCGAAGAAGGUCGGACUCUCAAGGAUGUUGCCGACCAUCUCAAACGAGAAUUCGACUUUGCUCCAACUGAGCGGAUGUACAAAAGCCGCUUGCAUACAUGGGGUUUGGACAAGAAGAAGAAAGAGCAUGAGAUGCUCGAUCUAGUUCGACGGGGACUCCAACAGAAAGGCGACGACAAGGACAAAGUCUUUCUGGUAAGAGGAAGACAGGUCACACUCGCUGACGCGCUACACUAUUUUAACCGCAAAGGAAUCAAAGAUCCUGCAAGCCUUCUCGAACCAAGCGGGGACCUACCCGGAGAAUUGUCUUCUCCUGAUGAUGCCGACGUCGACGCCGAAGCAGCUACUCCGGUCUCGUCCAACGGAGACGAUCUCGAUUCUGAGCUCCCCGUGACCUUCGAUGAGGAUAUGACUCGAAGUCCGUUGACUAUGGCCGAUCCGGGAACUGCCAAACUAGCCCUGUCUCUGACACCGACCGAUGUCGCUGACCAAUGUCUUCAUUCAUUACAGGCGGCGCUUGGUCUUGUCAACAUUUCCCCGCUGAUGCCGUUCCGACAUCUGUCUGUCGAGUCUUUUGUCGCGCCGUCUAAUGCAUCACCGUCCGACCAGCGUUACCUCGAUGUUGUUUUUAGUAACCUCCAACAACAUUACAUUAGGCUGUUUGAAACGCGGAACGUUUCUGUUAGCAACACCACGGGAACUUGGACAGCCACAUCCGAUGACGCGGUGGCCGAUCGGUUUUACUAUUCCAUGUAUCACGGCUACUCGUUUCUGUGGAACGAGCAGAAGGAGGCUGCAUUUGAAAACUUCUACAAGGCCUUCGCACUUGUCGAAGGACUGCUCAAGGACGAUCACGUCGGGUUCAUGAUCUACAUCUUGGACCUGAUCAUCCGACAUGAUGGCACGGGGUACGAAGAGCCACUUCUGAUGCUAUUGCAGCAUUUGGCCGAUCUUGCCAAGGCCGUAUUUGAGUCCGACCAACACCCCAUAUAUCUAGUGGCCAAGUACAUGAGCGAGGCGACGAUUUCACGGGCGUGGCUAGCUGAAUCUGCCAUGAGAAGGCUGCUGGACUUUUUCCAGGAUAGCAUUGGAUACUUCCACCCUGAGACAAUUGCCCUGCUGCAGACAUUUGCAACUGGCCUCAUGAACCGGAAAUGGUAUGCAGAAGCCGCUGUGCGAUUCCAACAGUUGGUUGAUGCGUUCGAAACCACAAUGGGAAAACAGUGUUACGAGGUUUGUUAUGCGCUGCGUUCGACAUCCGAAGCAUAUUUCCACCUAGGUCAAUACAAAGAGGCUCUUCAGUCGAUUAAGACUGCCUUGGAACGAGCCGAGCCCCUUGCUCGCGCCGAAGAGCGAGAAAUCUAUGUGCGAUGCCUCCGAGCGAUGGCUGAGAUUUUCAACAAUUUGGGUCGACGUGAGGAAGCCAAUGAGACGAUGCAGCAUGUCGUCAACAUCUGUCGAGACUCGUUUGGCCCUGAACAUCCGUUCACCGCACGAGCCGUCAUGCACCUGAAAACCAUUCAGAAAGGCGAGUCGACUAGUGACUCGGCCAUCCCUCCCAUGGUGUACCGAUUAGGCCGAGGGGGCAAUGCGGCCAAAUAUAUCUGGACAUCGAGAUCCAGUCCAACUCGGUUACAGGCCUGAAGCAAGGAGAAGGGCGUGGAUCACCUAAGUAUCGACCACCAAACUCAGUGAGAGCAGUUGCCUGGAUAUGAUGAGGAUCCAAGUGACGAGCAAGUUCAUCAUUGGUGCAGAGCAGCGGGUCGCCAUUGCAACUUCCCAGAUGGAAGGAUGAAGACCGACAUUGCCAGUGAUGGUCUCACAGUGGGAACUCACGCUACCUUGCUAUCUAUUGGUAUUUGAGACAAGCGGAAUAGCCCUCCCGCUCCGGCAACAAAUUUGCCAUCUGUCCUGAUCACAACAGGAGACUGUGAGCCCAAGCGUGGCGUAUAGAGGAAUGUGCGCGGAAAGGAUGAGACACGAUCAGGAUGGAUUGUUAGCCGCAGGAACCUCCCGUGUUUUCUCUUCAUUUCAGAAAGCCCCCCGGUCAGAGCCAAGCGGCGCAGUUCAUUUGGCUGGUUACCCAGGUUUGCGACAAAUGGUGCAUCUGUGAUUGGACACAUGCUACCAGAGAGAAGAUGAAGAUUACGGAGUAUGCAAUCCAUGGUAAAAGUGCAUGGCAAAUAUCGUAUCAGCCAGGCAGCCAUGGAAGAGCCACAUCUGGCACGGUCGUUUUGACCUCAGGAAGAAUCUGGAGCCACUUGAGUCCCCACCGGAACCCGACUUGAUACCUCCGGGGGAGCCUCCAGACGGUCAAGUCAGUGUUGCACGCGAGAAUCCAGCGCCUACGAUCCCUGCUUACUUACGAGUACGUGAGCAGCGUGAACUAAAAGUACUUAUGAUCGAGGCACAGGAACACACAACCAUCUGUACUACUCGCUGGGUUCAAGGAUGUCAUUCAGUCUGGACAGUACCCAUUGGUGGAGGGUUGGAGUAUGGCUCGCAAACCGGAAUCGGAGGCAGCUAGAGUUCCGGCCCUAACUUUGUUUGGCUCUGUGACCCUGGAGACAACCACUUCUCGGGCCUUGGUUGGCUGGUUGUGACAGCGGACAACCCAAGUGCCUCUAAGAUCGGUGCUUGAUGAUGAUUAUUUUUAUUAUUAUUAUUAGGAGGGGGGUGUCACCCUAAGAAGGCCGAGGGGCUCGUUUGGCCCCUUCUCUGUUUAUUCUUAG